GCGUGAAAUAAAGUUACACAGGACAGAGCUCCCACAGCAACAUGUGUGUAAGGAGGAGGAGGUUGUCACUGAGCAGCAGCUCUGUACUGAGGAGAGGAAGUCCAGUGUGGACCAAGAGGAGCCAGAGCCUCCACAGAUUAAAGAGGAAGAGGAGGAAGUGUGCAGCAGUCAGGAGAGAGAGCAGCUUGUAGUGAAGCAGGAGAUUGAUGGCUUUAUGUUGACUCCUGCUGAUGAGGAAAGUGAGCACGGUGAAGAUCAGACUCUGGACUUCAUUCAUGAUGACACUCAAAGUGCAGCAGAGAAAGAGUCUGUCGUCAUCAUACCAGUUAUAAGCUAUGUGAUACCAAGCAGUGACCACCAGCUGCUCUCUCACAACACUCAUGUAGCUGAGAGCCAAGAUGAGGAAGAAUACCAGCAUGGAGACUCAGGAUCAACUAGAAACACAGAGCUGCAAGCAGAGAAAAGACAUCAUGAAAGUGAAAUUAACAGUAAGAGUCCACACACCUCUGCUGUGAUCAACUUAAAUACAGGUAAAAAGCCUUUAAAAUGUGACAUAUGUGGGAAAGUUUUUGAGCGCAAGUCAAAAUUGCAGAGACACCUGAACAGCCACACAGGUGAGAAGCCGUUUUCUUGCAAAACAUGUGGGAAAAGAUUCAGUUACAGAUCAGGAUUGACUGCUCAUAUAAGAACCCACACAGGUAAGAAGAUAUACCUUUGCAAGACCUGUGGGAAAAGAUUCCGUAAGAAGUCAGGAUUGGAAAAUCACAUGACAAGCCACACAGGUGAGAAACCGUAUACUUGUAAAGUAUGUGGGAGAUCUUUCAGAUAUAAUCGUUAUUUGUUAGUACACAUGGAGACUCAUUCAGGUGAGAAGCCGUAUACUUGUGAAGUAUGUGGGAGAGCUUUCAGACGUAAUUGUUAUUUGUUAGUACACAUGAAGAUGCAUUCAGGUGAGAAGCCGUAUCCUUGUAAAGUAUGUGGAAAAGCUUUCGGACGUAAAGGUUCUUUGGUAGUCCACAUGGACAUUCAUUCAGGUGAGAAGCCGUAUCCUUGUAAAGUAUGUGGGAAAGCUUUCGGACGUAAUGGUUAUUUGUUAGCCCACAUGAGGACUCAUUCAGGUGAGAAGCCGUAUCCUUGUAAAGUAUGUGGGAAAGCUUUCGGACAUAAUGGUAACUUGAUAGUCCACAUGAGGACUCAUUCAGGGGAGAAGCCAUAUACUUGUAAAGUAUGUGGGAGAGCUUUCGGACGUAAUGGUGUCUUGUUAGACCACAUGAGGACUCAUUCAGGUGAGAAGCCAUAUACUUGUAAAGUAUGUGGGAGAGCUUUCGGACGUAAUGGUUACUUGUCAUUACACAUGAGGACUCAUUCAGGGGAGAAGCCAUAUACUUGUAAAGUAUGUGGGAAAGCUUUUGGACGUAAUGGUUACUUGUUAGUACACAUGAGGACUCAUUCGGGGGAGAAGCCGUAUACUUGUGAAACAUAUGGCAGACACUUCAGAUGUAGCAGUAACUUGACAGUCCACAUGAGAAGACACACAGGUGUAAAGGUGCAUCACUUGAGCGCAGAGGUUCCAGCUGAAGUCACACAUAUACAGGAGAGAGACUGUUUACAUGCAAAACAUGUGGCAGAGCUUUCAGAGGCCUGUUCCAUAAAGCAUGCUAAGAAAAGUGGGGAGUGAAGUCCAAAUCCUGAAUUUUGAUUGAAAUUGCAGGUCUGGAAAAGUUAAACUAGUGAGAUAAAGAACAAAAGGAGGACACUGCUUUAAAGUUUGAAUGAAUUUUAUACUUGCAAGAGUCAUGGAAAACCUGGAAAAGUCAUGCAAUUAGUCAAAAUCAUUAUAAGUCACAGAACUUGUUUGUGUAUAAUGAAAUUAUUAGAAUCAUCUUCAGUGGAUAACCCUCCAUAUAAUGUAACAUAAUGGCAAAUUCAUUUUCUGCAGCUGGCGUCUUAAUGUAGCUUUAAUAAGCGUCAAUGUGUGACAGUGUUUGUGUACCAUCAGGUGUGUUUUGUCAUUUUCUCCCUCAGUUUGUCUCUCCCUUCCUGUGUGCAAAUUAUGUUUACAUAGAGUUUGAAUCUGAUGUUUGAAAAACGCUGGGCAAGUGGGGAAAGAAAAAGAAAAUUCUUCAUUAUGAGUCCUUGAAAAGUCAUGAAAAAGUUUGGAAUUAUUGUCCAUGAAAAUGUGAGCGGAACCUGUGAUUAAAAGUAUGACUGAUUUUGCAGUGAGCACAGUAAUAAACUGAUCCCAGAA